AUGCUGGAUCCCCAAAACAGAACAGCCAAUCUCGACCCAAUCAAAGAUCGAGGAUAUCGUGACAUUCUUGAAACCUUCUUCAAUUUUGUUUUGGAGCAGAAGCAUGUAUUCUAUGGAGUCACGAAAAGCAAAGCGCCACAGGCUGGUCCGCGGCUCGAGAAGUGCGCCGAUGCUGUCAAGAAGACUGUAUCUCGCUGUUUACUCAAGCUCGGCACCAAGUCGGUGCUUUCAAUCGUCGCCCACAUCACUGAGAUCUUACAUCGAUCCAAUGGUGGCUAUGUCGAGCCCUUGGUUUCAGGCUAUGUCAAGACCUUGGCCAUCCUGCUCUCCCGGAAUGCUUGCGUCGAACUCCUUGUGCGGAAGGAAGACGGGAUACACUGGGAUUCCUGUGUGGAUCUUGUACUUGGACUCGCUUCAUAUUACCUGCCUGAGCAUCAGUCCAAUGUCUCGAACAGAGCCUCGCCCGCUCCAGGGACAGGGACUAUGCGCAUGAGCGGAAAGUCCACUGCCUCGACGCAAAGUCAGAAGCUCUCUAGUCAGGGCGAAAACGAUGCAAUGGGCCGACUAAGAAGCACAUUCGAGGCACUACUCGACUUGCUCAAAGUUGGUAACGCCCCUGUGAUGCGGCGUUCCCAAGAAGUUGUGGAGCUCACUGUGCGUACCCUCAACGCCAGGUCGUUCAGUCUCGGCACUCUCCAGAGCACUUGCUUUUCGAUCAUCAACACGGUCUUCCCCGUCUACCAGACCGAGGCUUUCGAGGAGGCCAUCUCACUCGUGCAUGAUUUGGUCCCGCUCAUGAGCUUUUGGUGGCGUGCCGAAAAAGUGUCUCAGGAUGAGCUGAUCCGUUCGCUGAGAAACGAAAUCCUCAGGUCAAUAUUCUUGGUUCAACAUCACCUAGAAUACAUAGCCUUGCGUCGAGAGGACGCUGAAUUUCCCGUCAUGCUGGAAGAAGUGGCGCAACCACUCUGGCGGGAGUAUUCAAAACGAGGGGAGACAUUUCGCCUUCAAAUGCAAGACAUUACUUUCUCGGUGUCUGAACUGGCCGCAAAUCAUCUCCAGAAUUCCUUGUUUGGUCUUCGUCCACACAACAUUGAGGGCGAGAGUUACUGGGCCCUGGUCCAAAACUUGGCCAUUUUGGAGUCGCUGCUCUCUAAGAGACAGCAUGCGAGUCCCGCGCGCGACUCGGACGACGACGACGACGACAAACCACGGAAAAGGCAGAAGACCAGCGUGCCAGCCAGCCGGUUGCGCUCUCAACUUCGCUCCAGAGACAUUGGUAUUCGUCGUACGGCACUUCAAGUCAUCCCGUUUGUGGUGGGUUCUGGGAGCCUGACGGACCCGGAAAUCACUGAUCUGCUCGAGGAACUUCUCAUACUUGGAACAGACAAAGAUGCAAUCAUAGCCUCGUGGGCCCUCGUGGCGUGCGCUAGUUGCGGGCUUCGACAGAACGCUGUCCAAGUCCAGCAAGCGACCUGGCGUUACGUGUGGCAUAUGGCUGUGAGACUGGUCAGCCUGCCUCCCACUAGCCGCGCUGCCUGUGUUGUCCUUUCAACGAUCUUGACUGGCAAUUACCUUCCCUACCACGAAAUAUCUGAACACAUAAACCACAUUGUUACGACUGCCGACGUCAGUGGUCCAGCUGUACUGUCAGAUGCGUCGUUGGCGUUGAUGCUGCAACUUUUCCACGUGCGCAACGUCCGCCUCCCAAGCGCGAGCCAAGCAACCAGUGGCCACAUCAUACGAUGGGUCUUCCUGAGAUGGAAUCCCGGUGAGCUUGGGUACGCAUCUUCUCACUCGCUCCACUCCCAAACUGGACAAUUUGUGAACCUGUUGCGCGCUUGCUGCGGCGAAGGUCCGGUCUCCUUUGGACAUCCGCUUGCCUCUGUUGGUGGUCGUCUGAGUGAGACGUGGAUGGCGCAGCAAAUCAUGACUCCUUUCAUCAGGUACCUCUUAUUGCUCGACGACAGGGAAGACCAGGCGAAGAACAAAGCCACCAUUGUCCCGGCCGAACAAGCUCAGCGUUCGGACACGGGAAGCUUCUAUCCUUCAAGAAAGCUUGUGCUAGAGCUACUUACCCCACGUUUGGAAGACUUGAACGAGCUGUGCACGGCCUGGACAAAGAAGGCUAGUGAUGGAGGCGUACAGAUCUCUUUGGAAAAGUUCCAGAGUUUGCUUGCUGCCGUUAUGGUCGGCUCAGCACUUCUCCCACAAAUCUCGGAUCUUAAUUCGACCCAGUCAGCUACAAUAGGUUCGAGCGUUCUUGGUCUAGCCGAGAAGAGCCUCAACGUUGCGCUGGAAUCUAUCGAACCCCAGGUUUUCGUCGAGGCCACUCUCCGUCUGGCCAGACCUUGCAUCCCCAAGUUGAAGAGCGACAUUAUUUCCGAUUAUUAUGUCCAUCACCGUGGUCUGCUGAAUCUACUUGCAAAGAUUUACGACCUUCUGUACAAGCGCCAGGCCACCGACAAAUCUGUGAGCAAUGUAGAUUUGAUGGAAGUUGAUGAGGAAUUCGAAUCUCAAGACAGCGGCACCGCAGACGCGUCAACUCAAAGCGUCGUUCCGAGACGUACUGAAGAGCUCCGACUGGACUCAGCAUGCUAUUACGUUGAUACGAAAUACCGGUUACAGUUGCUGAACAUUGUCGAAAAAGAUGAAGGUCUAAUAGGCGUGCUGCCUGAUGGCCUGGUUGACACGCUCCUCGCCGCUUCCGAUGAGGAGCUGCUCAUGUCAUCCAACUUCAUUCUGGAGGCAUUCCGAUCCAAUCUCACCCUCAGCGCGGACACGGCACGCGACGUGGUCCAUCGCUUAGGUGACAUAGUUGCAAGGCUAGAGUACCAGAGCUCAGAAGUGGCAUUGAGUACUUGCAUCGAUGUCAUAAACGGCUGCCACGAUAUUUGGCUCCAAAGCUCGGGCGAUCUCAGGCAGAGCAUCGGCGACAUGUACAAUCAUUUUGUGGUUGUAUCCCUGAGGAUGAAUGGCUUCUCUCCUGCGGGUUACAUCUCCAUGGUUGGCCUACUCCUGACCUUGCUAAGAGCAGAGCCAGACUACGCUACCAACGCGGGUCUUGAAUCUUGCAGAACAUCCCUCCUGUAUAUACUGGCGAAUGCUCCUCUCAAGGCCAAAUGCUUCAUCGCAGAUCACAUAGCCGACGUCUUCGGUCUGUACAUCUUGAAGCUGCACGAUGAAGUUUUCAUCGAUGUUCUGAACAACCUGCCUUCAAACUCUCGAAACAUUGCCGGCAUAGCUUUCCGCCUUCAAGUGCUGUCAAGGCUAGCGUGUCGAUGGCCGACCCUGCUUCGCAGGUGUACAUACCAUAUCUUCGAGACACCAGGCAAGAUCACAAGCUCACUGAAACAUGCCAAUAUCUGCCUUCGAGACAUAGCGCAGCACUUGGCCUUGGCCUCACCCACGGAGUUAUUUCGUCUGUUUUCUCGCCAAUUGCUGUACACCUGGCUUGACAGCGAGCUGAUCGAGGACAUCCCUUACGAUAUCUUCGGAUACUCUAGCCUCUCCGAGCUUCUUUGUGAUGCUCAAGGAGAAGCCCUUGGACUCAUGAUCAUGCGAGGUCAAGUUGAUAUGAGCAAAGAACUCGCUCGUCAUGUGCGUAAAUCAGAAGCAGACCUAGUCAAAAGCAACUUCCACACGGCACUGGCUUACAGUAUGAUCUACGGCGACUCAUCGGGCGGUGAUGAUCAGGGUCUAGGUGAAAGUCUUAUCGAGCAGGCAAUUGGCAAAAAGGGCAUGGCCGAGGCUCGUUACGAGAGUUUUGCUGACAUUGUCGCCUUGUUCAUCGACGUCAUUGACCAGGACAACCUUAUCGAAAAGACGCUUCUGAAACACGGGGAUUUCGCCUAUGCUGGGAAGAUCAUGGCGAAAAUCAAGAGUCUGUCGCAUUCGAGCGCCUCGCUGCCGCCGAAUCAACAACCCACCUUCAGGGCUCGUUUCUUGCCAUUCGAGAUACAACGGCUGUGCGAAAGCACAAUCUUUGACUUCCGGGAGAUCUGGACACCUCCUCUGGUGUUAUCUGUCUCACGCAAACUUUUGAACACUGUGCAUCCGGCACUCGGCUCUCUGCAUGCGUGUUCCGUUAUCCGGAAGGUGCGCAUUUUGGUUUGUCUGGCCGGUCCAGUGGCAUUGGAAUCUUAUGUCAUCGAAAUGCUGUUGAGCUCUAUGGGUGCCUUUCUGGUUGACUCUGAGUGCGCGGAUGAUGCCCUUGGGAUAAGCCAAUACCUUCUGUCCGAGGGAUCUGCCUAUUUGAGACUCGUGCCCUCGUUCCUCGCAGGCUAUGCGUUGUCAACCCUGGCUUCUCUCAGGGUCUUUCUCGAGUCGAAUCAAGCGAGCACCACUCAGGAAGAACAAUUUAAAGCCACAAUGAGCAGGGCGAAGGCCUUCCACUCAUGGUUCGCCGACUAUCUUGGCAAAUACGAUUCCAAAGCAUUCGACGGUUCUAACCAGCGGAAAGGGUUCUAUGCAAUUACUAGCGCAGCUGCUUCCAUUCGAUCGUCUGGAAAUGCUGAAAAAGGCACGUCAGAGAGCAAACUGCUGCUUGAGAUUUUGAGAGACGGAAGAAGCGCCAGCCAGUUGUUGAACGAGGCAUCCAGACGAUCAGCCAUUACCAUUCUGUCUAACGACUUUUCUUUCCCAACUGAGAUGAACCGUGAUGUGAUCGACACUGACGAAGAGGCGAUCUUUCUCUCAACCCCGAUAUGGAAAAGCUCUCAGGCCAGUGCGCUGAGCGAUCCUUACUUGGCAUGGGCUGGCCGAGCUGUUGGUCGGUCGUUCUCAGCUUCUGGCAAUAUCCCGCUCGAUGUCAUCCGUGAGACCCGGCUGACGGAGUAUCGGCGUCUGUCCCAUGAGCUAGAAAGCUCCGAAAUGGGGCUACUGACCCUCCUUCAGCAGCUUACUUCCAGCUCAGUGUCUGCGACCGCGGGCCUUGCCGAAGCUGCUCUACGAAACACCAUCUCGCAGGCUAUUCAGCAAGGGGAUGAGUCUCUGCUAGUGGCAUGCCAGAUGUGUCUCCGCGAGCCCCUUUUUCUGGCAUCUCAAUGGGGCAACUACCGAAGCCCCCCAUCUGAGCUAAAGAAAGCACAGGAUCCUCGCAACGAGCUGAUUUGGACUUCAGAUAUUGCCUCGCCGAACUGGGCGCAGGAGUGUUCAGUCUACCUGUGCCAGUCAGCUACAAACUCGAUCUUGCUGCCCAACCUGAUUCCAAUAUUCUCGACCGUCAGAGGCUUUGCAGAGGAGGCUUUCCCAUUCCUUCUGCACCUUGUGCUGUACCUGCAACUUGACCAGCAACAGUCUAUUCGGAAGGCUUUCAGCGGUUCUAUGAGGCAAUGGCUCAGUGGCCCCCAUCCAGAUUCAAUUCCGAACCAGACACUGCUUCUCAACUCGGUAUUGUACCUCCGGACCCAGCCGUACCCCAAAGAGUCGUCAAUGGCUGAUCGCUCGUACUGGUUGGACGUCGAUCUCACCCAGGCAGCCUCGGUGGCAUGCGCUUGUGGCAUGUACAGGUCUGCCCUCUUGCUGGUCGAGUCCAUCCCACCAGAUACAGGUCGCGCCUCUCGGAGGUCUUCAGCGGCUGCGCCCCAGAUUACCGGCAUCGACGACACCUUACUGACAAUUUUCGAAAAUAUUGAUGACCCGGAUGCCUACUACGGCCUGCCCGAGGAGCCAAGUUUGGCCAAGGUGUUGUCGCGCGUCGAGUAUGAGAACGAAGGCACCAAAAGUCUGGCAUUCCGUGGUGCUCAGUACGACACGCAUUUACGACAGCGUGAUGCGAUGGCUAAUGAUGAUGCGCAGCAUAUUGUCAAUGCCUUGAACACCUUGGGACUGGCUGGCCUCUCCCACUCUGUGCUGCAAACCUUGCAAUCGUCUGGUGCUGCCCCAUCGUCUCUCAGGAAUACAUUUACAACAGCACAGCGACUUGAAUCGUGGAACUUGCCGGCGCCAACCCAAAGCGAUCACUCUGCAGUGGUCGUGUAUAAAGCGUACCAGGCCAUGUCUCAAGCCAUAGGUCCUCAAGUGGUUCGCUCCACCAUCUACGAAGGCUUUGAGCGAACAAUGCGAGCCUUGGCGACUUCGGGGGCUCGAGCUGCACACAUACGAAAGCACCUGUCAGCUCUUGCCGCUCUCACAGAGCUGGACGAUGUGAUGAACGUAUCGGAUUCGGCUGAAUUCGAUUUCAUGCUGCGAAAGUUUCAGGAUCGCCGCGAAUGGAUGAAGUCGGGGCUGUAUGAAGACGUCAGUCAAAUACUGUCCUGCCGUGGCACGACUAUGAGCAUGAUGAGCCAGCACACGAACCUCUUACAAAACGCGAAGAUCAGCGUGGCAGACUUCAGAGCGAUGCAAGUAAAGUCUUUGCUUGUGUCUGCCAGUAUAUACCGAGAUUAUCGCGCAAAGCAGGAGUCAACCAACGUCGCGACCACACUCAUGAGCCUGAUUCCCAUUUGCGCCGAGCAAGGCCUACAAGUGGACGCGGCAAUCAAGAUGGAGGUUGCCAACUCAUUAUGGGACCAUGGUGAGAUGAGCACAUCGAUCCGCAUGUUGCAAGGUAUUGAUCAAGACUCGUCGCUCAAGUCACAGAGCGUUGCCGUCAGCCGGUCAGAUCUCUUGUCCAAGAUUGGGCAUCAUGUUUCGGUAGCACGACUGGAGAAACCUGGAGACAUACAGAAAAACUACCUUGAGCCAGCUCUCAAGGAGCUCAAGGGUUUGACGGAUGGUCCCAGUGCCGGCACCGUCUAUCAUCAAUUCGCAUUGUUCUGCGACGGCCAGUUGCAAGACCCGGCGGGCUUGGAGGACCUCGCGAGACUCCAAAGCUUGAGGCAGGCAAAGAGCGACGAAGUAGCCGGACUUCAGUCCCUUGUAAGCAGCACUCGGGACAGCCAGUUGAAAAAUCGCUACAACCACGUGUUGUCGAAGGAGAAGCAAUGGCUCCACCUGGAUGAACAAGAGCUGCGUCGCGUCGAGCAGACCCGCAGUGAAUUCGUGCGGUUGAGUCUAGAGAACUACCUGCUGUCCCUCAUGGCUUCUGAUGAGCACAACAACGAUGCGCUUCGCUUCAUCGCACUGUGGCUCGAGCGAUCUGCAGAAGACAAGACCAACAAAGCUGUCUCGAAGUUCCUCGAGCAGGUGCCCACGAGGAAAUUCGCAGCAUUGAUGAACCAGCUAUCAUCACGCCUCCAGAGCACGGACUCAAUGUUCCAGAAGCUGCUGUCGGACCUCGUGUACAGGAUUUGUAUCGAUCACCCGUACCACGGCAUGUACCAGGUCUGGUCAGGGACGAAAGUGAAAACCAACACAAAGGACGAGGUGGCCAUGCAGAGGUGGAAAGCGAACGAGAGGGUCGCGCAACGUAUAGGGACGAAUGAGUCCGCCGCAGGGGUUUGGCUAGCCAUUGAUAAGACAAGCAAGUACUAUCAUCUGCUGGCGAUGGACAAGAAUACAACAAAGUACAAGCCUGGGGCCAAGAUCAACCUCAAAGAUUCACCGGCUGCGCAGAACCUCAUCAACGCCCUUAACAAAUACCGCAUCCCGCCGCCUACCAUGCACAUGGAACUUUCCCCGACCAUGGACUAUUCAAACGUCCCUAUUAUUGCCAAGUUGGAGCCACAGAUGACCAUAGCCUCUGGUGUCAGCGCGCCCAAAAUCAUCACAGCUGUGGGCACCAACGGCGUGCGGUACAAGCAGCUUGUCAAGGGUGGCCACGAUGACCUUCGCCAGGAUGCAAUCAUGGAGCAGGUGUUCGCUGCCGUAUCAUCGCUCCUGAAACUGCAUAGAGCCACGCAACAGCGGAACUUGCAGGUCAGAACAUACAAAGUACUGCCGCUGACGGCGUCUUCUGGCCUCAUUGAGUUCGUGCCCAGCACUAUUCCGCUGCACGAAUUUCUCAUGCCAGCCCAUGAGCGGUACUACCCCAAGGAUUACAAAGGAAACCAGUGCCGCAGAGAGAUCUAUGGGGUCCAGGGCAACCGGACCGAAUCCCGCAUCGCGACAUAUCGUAAGGUGACGGAUAGGUUUCAUCCCGUCAUGCGAUACUUUUUCAUGGAACACUUCUUGGACCCAGACGACUGGUUCGCCAAACGCUUGGCUUACACGCGAACAACUGCUGCCAUCUCCAUGCUAGGCCACAUUUUAGGUCUUGGUGACCGACACGGCCACAACAUUCUUCUCGACACCAAAUCCGGCGAGGUGGUGCAUAUUGAUCUCGGCGUGGCAUUUGAGGCAGGUCGAAUCUUACCUGUGCCCGAAAUGGUGCCAUUCCGUCUCACGCGUGAUAUUGUUGAUGGUAUGGGUAUCACCAAGACCGAGGGUGUUUUCCGAAGGUGUUGCGAGUUCACGCUGGACGCACUGCGCGAAGAACAGUAUUCCAUCAUGACCAUCCUGGACGUGCUGCGGUACGAUCCUCUGUACACCUGGACCAUCUCGCCUUUACGCCUGGCCAGAUUACAGAAAUCGAGGCACAAUGAAGACGCCUCGGUCGAUGAGACGCAGCCCAGCGAGACUGACGAUAGAAAGAGGGGGAAAGCAGGUGGCGAUGUCAACGAACCCACCGAGGCUGACCGUGCGCUUGAGGUCGUCCGGAAGAAACUGAGCAAGACGCUCAGCGUGACGGCAACGGUCAAUGACUUGAUCAAUCAAGCGAUGGACGAGGGCAAUUUGGCGGUGUUAUAUUCUGCACCAGCGCCCACCUCUCCCCGCCGCCGCCCACGCCUCGACUCCUCCCCAGCGUCCACGAGCAAACGCCCCAAGCACACUGCCGCCCCGAUGGCGACCACGCAGCCAGGCAUGCGGCCUAUGAAAAUGGCCAAUCAGGGCCAUGAGCAGGCUUUCGAACCUUACAAAGGCAUCAAACGGUUGACCAUAAAAAAUCUCAAACCGGCAAGCUCGGGGAAGGCCAACGCUGGAGUGGAGGAGUACUACACAAGGGCACUUGGUGACAUUGACAAGACGCUGCAGGCGGUCUUUGUGGGCGACAAGCCGCCAGUGCCCUACGAGAGACUCUACCGGGAGGUCGAGGAUCUUUGCCGACGGGGCGAUGCGGAAGAGGUCACCAAGGUACUCAAGACGCGGAUGGACACGCACAUUAGCAAGAUUGUGCUGCAAAGGGUCAACACGGAGGGUCGCAACUCUGAUAUCGAGACGGCCGAGAGUCUGGUGGAAGAGUGGAAGCAAUGGAACACGCAGAUGACUCUGAUCCGGUCGCUCUUCAGCUUUGUCGACCGCACGUAUCUCCUGGCCAACAGACAGAGACUAUCGAGCAUCAACGACAUGACGAUCCACCAUUUUAAGAAAAUGGCCUUUGCCACGGAGAUGUCCCCUGGUAGGCGGCUCGUCAAUGCGAUGUGUCAGAUCAUCGACGACGAUCGUCGGAGCCGGGAGUUUGAUGGGUCGUUGUUGCGAGACUCGAUGCGCAUGCUGUACAUCUUGGGUGUCUACACAAAACACUUUGAGCCAGUGUUCCUACAAAAGUCGAGCCCGUACUUCACCGAGUUUGGCCAACGGUACGGCACGGCGAAGCUCGAAGCGUACAUCAAGGCCUGCGAGGACUUGCUGCGCAAGGAGCACUACCGCUGCUUACUAUACAACAUCGACUCGGCCACGGAGAAGCAGCUUAUGGACGCGGCACACGCCAUACUGAUCGAUGACUACACGGAUAAGUUGCUUGACCGGGCAGAGUUAGACAAGCUUCUAGAUGCUAAGGACAUGGAGUCGAUGAAGGGACUGUACGGCAUGCUGCGACUAUCAAACAUACAAACCAAGCUUCGUGAUCCUUGGGAAGCGUACAUAGGGGACACUGGUGCGAAGAUCAUUGGCGACAAAGAACGUGGAGAUGAGAUGGUGGUCCGAUUGUUGGAUCUGCGCCGUUCGCUCGAGGUCAUGAUCAGAGAUGCAUUUGGCGCCGACGACAUUUUCCUCAGGGGGAUGCGAGAAGCUUUUGGAAAGGUCAUGAACAGCAACGCCGUGGCAGCAAUGUGGAGCACCAAGACAUCCAAGGUCGGCGAAAUGCUGGCCAAGCACAUUGAUAUGCUCCUCAAGGGUGGUCUCAAAGCAAUACCUGCGUCUCUGCUAUCCGACCAGCAGGAUCGCGCUACGGCGCAGAAGGAGGGACAGUCCAGCACAGCGGACGAGGACGCCGAGCUGGACCGCCAGCUCGAUCAAGCUUUGGAGCUCUUCCGCUUCAUCGAAGGCAAAGACACAUUUGAGGCGUUCUACAAAAAGGACCUCGCCAGGCGCUUGCUUAUGGGUCGCAGCGCAAGCCAAGACGCUGAGCGUAGCAUGCUCACCAAGCUGCGCAGUGAGUGCGGCGCCAACUUUACGCACAAUCUGGAGCAAAUGUUCAAGGACCAGGAGCUGGCCAAGGACGAAAUGGACUCUUUCAAGAGCUACUGCAGCCACAACGAGGAGCGCCAGUCCCCGAUCGACUUAUCCGUCAUGGUGUUGUCCUCUGCCGCUUGGCCAUCGUAUCCCGAUGUCCGGCUCUCGCUGCCGGACGAAGUCGCUACGCAAACAGAACGCUUCAUCAUAUUCUACGAAAACAAGCACAGUGGACGCAAGCUGAAUUGGAAGCAUUCCCUUGCCCAUUGCACAUUGGCCGCCAAAUUCCCCAAGGGCGGGAAAAAGGAAUUGAUGGUCUCGGCGUAUCAAGCUGUCAUCCUGCUGCUGUUCAACCCUGUCGCGGCCGACGGUGCUUUGACAUAUGAGCAAAUGCAAAAGGGUAGUGGUCUGUCAGGCUCAGACCUCGACCGCACACUGCAGUCCCUGGCGUGCGGCAAGGUUCGCGUGCUGAGGAAACACCCGCAAGGCCGGGAUGUCAACCCGACAGAUACAUUCACAUUCAACAAGGCAUUCACCGACCCCAGGAUCCGCAUCAAGAUUAACCAGAUUCAGCAAAAGGAGACCAAGGAGGAGAACAAGGCCACACACGAGCGUGUGGCACAGGACCGACGCUUCGAGACACAGGCGGCCAUUGUGCGCAUCAUGAAGAGCCGCAAGAAGAUGACACAUCCUGAGCUGCAGGCCGAGGUGAUCACCAUGACUCGGAAGCGAGGGAGUGUUGAGCCGGCGCAGAUCAAGAAGGAGAUUGAGAGCUUGAUGGAGAAGGAGUAUCUGGAACGAGACGGCAAUUCGUAUGUAUACGUAUCAUAG